UCCUCUUUAGUCUAAUUAAGCUGAACCAGAAGGCCCCGCACUCCGACUGCAGCAGAAGUUUCAGAAAUCGAUUUGAUUGUCUGAGGAGUCAAACGGGAGAUCCUGGAAAGGGGGCAGCUUUGUAGCACACACCGGGUUGUUGGAGGUGUUAGUCUGCGGGCUCCUGCAGGAUGCUGCCUUGGCGGAUGCUGCCUGGGCGGAUGCUGUGGGGAGCUGUGGUGCGUCAGGUCGCUCCGCGUCUGACCUACAGCACUGCAGUACAGGUGAAGCAAAAUAAGACCAAAUUUGGGCCUCUGAGUGACCAAGACCGGAUAUUCACUAACUUAUAUGGACGUGAUGACUGGAGACUCAAGGGAUCUCUCAAACGAGGAGACUGGUACAAGACUAAGGAAAUCAUACUGAAGGGAUCAGACUGGAUCCUGAACGAGGUGAAAAUCUCCGGGCUCCGAGGCAGAGGAGGAGCGGGCUUCCCCACCGGCAUGAAGUGGAGCUUCAUGAACAAACCCAGCGAUGGCAGACCUAAAUACCUGGUGGUGAAUGCUGAUGAGGGGGAGCCUGGGACAUGUAAGGACCGCGAGAUAAUGCGUCAUGACCCCCAUAAGCUAAUAGAAGGCUGCCUGGUCGCUGGGAGAGCCAUGGGCGCUCGUGCUGCGUACAUUUACAUCAGAGGAGAGUUUUACAACGAGUCAUCAAAUCUACAGGUGGCUAUUAAUGAGGCAUACAAGGCAGGGCUCAUAGGGAAGAACGCCUGUGGCUCGGGGUAUGACUUUGAUGUGUUUGUGAUGCGGGGAGCCGGAGCCUACAUCUGCGGGGAGGAGACGGCCCUCAUCGAGUCUCUUGAGGGCAAACAAGGGAAACCCCGACUCAAGCCGCCAUUCCCUGCAGACAUAGGGGUGUUUGGAUGCCCGACGACAGUUUCCAAUGUGGAGACGGUUGCUGUGGCGCCUGAUAUCUGUCGUCGAGGCGGUGCUUGGUUCGCCAGCUUUGGGAGGGAGAGGAACUCUGGGACAAAGCUGUUCAACAUCUCCGGUCACGUGAACACACCGUGCACAGUGGAGGAAGAGAUGUCUAUUCCGCUGAGGGAGCUAAUAGAGAGACACGCAGGAGGAGUGAGGGGCGGCUGGGACAAUCUAUUAGGAGUGAUCCCAGGGGGGUCCUCCACUCCCAUCAUCCCUCGCCAUGUAUGCGAUGAUGUUUUAAUGGAUUUUGAUGACCUGGUCCGAGCAGAGACUGCACUGGGAACUGCAGCUAUCAUAGUUAUGGAUAAAUCGACUGAUGUGAUUCGAGCCAUCGCCCGUUUGGUUGAGUUCUACAAACAUGAGAGCUGUGGCCAGUGCACCCCCUGCAGAGAGGGAGUUGACUGGAUGGAUAAAAUGAUGUGGAGGUUUGUUCGAGGAGAAGCAGCAGUUUCAGAGAUUGACAUGAUCUGGGAGCUAAGCAAGCAGAUAGAGGGACACACCAUCUGUGCCCUGGGAGACGGAGCUGCUUGGCCUGUGCAGGGACUGAUUCGCCACUUCCGGCCAAUCAUGGAGAGCCGCAUCGCUCAGUACAACAAGAAAAACCCUCCAAGAGAGCCAGAGAUUGAGAUGGUCUGAACUCUGCAGUGUCUAUAUCAGCAUUCAGUCCUUCUUAACAGUAUAAGUAGCUCAUCAUGCUAUACUGCUUUGUGUACAUUAUUUUAACAUAGUUUUUAAAUGUGAUAUUUGUUCAUAUUAAGAAUGCACAGUCCAGGUUGUACUGCUUUAAUGAAA